CGGCCCCGCGGGCGCACGGGGCCGACGGCGCGGGCCUCCUCCCGGGGUCUGCGCGGUGCACGCGCCCGGCCGCCCGCGCCCCGGCGCACGAGCAGCGUCCGGCUUCCUGAGCGCUCCCCUCCCCGGGCGCGUCCGUCGCCCCUCCCUCUCCGCCGCCCGCUCCGCCCGCUCCCCCUCCCUCGCCCCCGCGGGUCCCGGGAGGGGGGGGCGGCGCGGCAGGCACAGCCCCCCGCCCCCAUGGCCGGCCGUCGGAGCCAGAGGCGGAGGGGGCUCCUGGGGGAGCCGGGCACCGCCCUGCUGGCCCCGCUCGCGCUGGGCCUGGGCCUGGCGCUCGCCUGCCUCGGCCUCCUGCUGGCCGCGGUCAGCCUGGGGCGCCGGCCCCCGCCGCCCGCCCAGCAGGAGCCUUCCCAGGGGGAGCUGGUGGCAGAGGAGGACCCGGACCCGCCGGAACUGAAUCUCCAGAUAGAGGAAAGCCGAGAUGCCGGGCCUUUCCUGAAGCGGCUGGCGCGGCCUCGCAGAAGCGCACCCAAAGGCCGGAAAGCAAGGGCUCGCAGAGCGAUCGCAGCUCACUAUGAAGUUCACCCACGACCGGGACAGGACGGAGCGCAGGCCGGUGUGGACGGGACGGUGAGUGGCUGGGAGGAGGCCAAGAUCAACAGCUCCAACCCACUGCGCUAUGACCGCCAGAGCGGGGAAUUUACAGUCACUCGGGCUGGGCUCUACUACCUGUACAGUCAGGUGCACUUUGACGAGGGGAAGGCCGUCUACCUGAAGCUCGAUUUGCUGGUGGACGACGCGCUGGCCCUGCGCUGCCUGGAAGAAUUCUCCGCCACGGCCGCCAGUUCCCCGGGGUCCCAGGUCCGCCUCUGCCACGUGUCUGGGCUGUUGCCCCUCCGGCCAGGGUCCUCCCUGCGGAUCCGCACCCUCCCCUGGGCCCAUCUCAAGGCCGCCCCCUUCCUCACCUACUUCGGACUCUUCCAGGUUCACUGAGGGGCCCCGGUGGCGCCCCGGGCCCCACCCUCCGCUGCUCCUCGCCCCAGACCUGCCCCCCCUCUGCAGGCUGCUUGGGCUGUUCACGUGUUGCCACGCCACAUAGAUAACCCCCUUCUCCUCUGACACCCACUCCCCCCUGCACCUCACUAGCUCCUGAACCCCUGGUCUUUCGACGCCCCCCCCCCCCCCAUUUAUCUCCUGACUCCCCGCCCUGGCCACAACCUCCCCACCCUGCCCCCGGACACUGUGUCUACUCUACUCUGGGUGAGGGUGGGUCCCCACCGCCUGUUCAGGCACUAAGAGGGGCUGGACGCCAGGGAGACUGAGACGGGGCCAGGAGUUCCCAAACGUGAGGGCUAAGAGCAAGACGAGAUCCUUCCCGAUAAUUCCCUGUGGAUUUUUAAAACAGAUAUUAUUUUUAUUAUUAUUGUGACAAAAUGUUGAUAAGUGAAUAUUAAAGAGAAUAAGCCACGG